AUGGUCGUGGUGGUCGCUCACUUGCUUGCAGGUGAGACUGCGCCUAGCGUCCACUUGCUGGCACUCAACUCUCACGGAGUUGUCUCAGAGGCAUUCGCAGUGACCAAUGGAGUAAAGCAGGGCUGCGUACUGGCGCCUACCCUCUUCAGUCUUAUGUUCUCUGCCAUGCUGAUGGACGCCUACCGCGACGAACGCCCUGGAAUCCGCAUCGCCUACAGGACGGACGGUCACCUCCUGAAUCAACGGCGGAUGCACUUCCAAUCGCGCGUAUCCACAACCACCGUUCACGAACUCCUCUUCGCCGACGACUGCGCCCUAAACACCACCUCGGAAGAGGAGAUGCAACGGAACAUGGACCUAUUCUCCGCCGCCUGCGAGAACUUUGGGCUGGUUAUCAACACGCAAAAGACGGUGGUGAUGCACCAACCGCCACCCAACUCAGCCACAGCCCCCAACGCGCCGCAAAUCAACGUGAAUGGGACUCAACUGCAGGUGGUAGAUAACUUCCCGUACCUGGGCAGCACGCUCUCCCGCAACACCAAGAUCGACGACGAAGUCGCCAACAGGAUCUCGAAAGCCAGUCAAGCCUUCGGUCGCAUCCAAAGCACAGUUUGGAAUCGCCACGGUCUUCAGCUGAGCACGAAGCCGAAGAUGUACAAGGCCGUCAUCCUGCCGACACUACUGUAUGGAGCGGAGACUUGGACGGUGUACGCAAAGCCGGCACGCCGUCUGAACCACUUCCACCUCAGUUGUCUUCGUCGCAUCCUGAGGCUGAACUAG